AAGUUCUGUUCUUCCAGGUAGGUGUAGCACUGCUGAUUAGACCGAACCAGCCUAGAUUUCAGUCUUUCCAUAUACUAAAUAUCAUACUUGGAACACUACAACCAUGGCUCAGAAAGAAAUACAUGAAAUUUUGGAUGACAAACUAGCAGAAAUAAGAAAAAAUGCUUCUGCAGUCAAGCUUUUUUUGUAUAAUGGGGGUUUAUACCCUACUAUGAUCUGUUGUCCAGAAACACUGAAAAUUCUUGACACCUUUAAAGCUCGGAGCGAUGAUGUGGUAUUAGUGGGAUACCCCAAAACCGGUAGUCAUUGGGUUGGCCAGAUUUUAACUGAGUUGGAAGUUGCGUCUGGAAAGUAUGAUGAAGAAGAAAGGAAGCGGAGGCAGAAAAAUGAAAAAGAAUUAGCAUUACUUCCAUAUCUUGAAUUUGGAGAUCCAGAGAAGUUUGAGAGGUGGGAGAAAUUACCUUCCAGAAGAAUUAUAAAAACGCAUCUCAGAAUUCAAAAUAUUCCCAAAUCAGUUUUUCAACAAAAGGCGAAGAUACUGGUUUUGUUGCGGAAUCCAAAGGACACCGCUGUAUCUUACUUCCAUUUUGCCAAAGGAAUGAAUCUGACUUCCAGCCAGAAAACCUGGGAUGAGUUCUUCACAGAUUUUAUCAAUGGAGAAGUGCCGUACGGCUUCUAUUUUGACCAUAUUAUUGAAUGGAACAAAUAUCUGGAUGACAAAAAUGUCAUGUUUAUUACCUAUGAGGAAAUAAAAGAGGAUCCAGUGCUGGGACUGAAAAGAAUAGCUGAAUUCUUUGAUUUUUCUGUGACUGACCAAGAUAUUCAGUCCAUUGCGGAGAAAACCAGUUUCAAAGCCAUGAAAGAUAGAGCCCCAAAAACCCAUGGAAAAGUGGGCGAGACUCUUUUCCGUAAAGGCAUAGUAGGUGACUGGAAAAAUGUCUUCUCUGAAGGCCAGAGUGAAGAAAUGGAUAAAAAAUUUGAGGAGCAUGCAGCGAGUACUAAGCUUGGGAAGAUGUUGAAGUAUGAGGUGUACUGCAAGAACUGAGGACAGCAGCAAUGCUACAAAUUUCACAUAUUUGGAUUUUGUGCAUGCGGGAAAACAUGUUUGAGUUAGUUUUGUGUGGUUGCAAUUCUUCCAGUAUGUCAUUCCUGCUCUGCACAUUGCUGAUAUAAUUUGUAUUCCUAGGAGUUAAUAAAACUUGCACAGACGUAUACCAUGAAACUAACGACUA